CGCUUCUGUGUUCCCGCCAAAGUCUGAUGACGUCUAACGGCUGUUCACACGUCAGAACUGAUUGAAAAUAAUCAUGAAUAACGGCAACGAAUAGGUGGCAGCAUUCGCAAAGUGCAUAAGCAAAAGUAAUUUGGCAAAUUCUAUCGUUCGUUCUUUCUAUUAUUGUCUUUGAAACGUGUUCUCACGUUUCUGUCUGGUCUUGUAUCCGUCUUAACCUCUAAUCUUCGUUCAGAAUCCGAUCUUCAUUCCGUUAAUAUGUCUAUUAAUGUAAAGACUGUAGACGGGAAGAAGAUAUUGCUGAAGGCAAUUACCAAACAUACCACCGUGGAAGAGUUAAAGUGUAAGAUUGAAAAGCAGCUGAAUGUUAAAAAAGACUUGCAACGAUUAUUCUUUUCUGGAAAACAAUUAGAAAAUGGCUAUCGGCUUGAUAAUUACAGUAUCAAUUUUAAUGACACCAUAUUGCUUAUAAUAAAGGCAGUGAUGAAUGAUGUUGAGAAUGAAGAAAAUACAAAAGAAGAAAAAGUGGACGAAGAAAAAGAAUUAGAAAAAGCAUUAGAAACAAAAUUUGAAAAAACUGAGAGUUUAUAUUACAAAAUUGGCGAUGCGGUUGAUUGUAUGUAUGAAAAAACUGGUGCCUGGUAUGAAGCUAUUAUAAAAAAUAUUUAUAGAAAGGAAGGUCAAAUGUUUUAUGAAAUAUUAUGGGAGUUCGAUAACACACUGUAUCCUGACAAUAUACCUGAAGUAUAUGUACGACCGCGUGCACAACGUUCUAUACCAUUUGACGAAUUGUCCAUUGAUCAAAAAGUCAUGAUUAAUUAUAACCUAGAAAAUAAUAAGAAAAUUGGAUUGUGGUUUGACUUCACUAUAACUAAAAUAAUAAUAAAAAGAACAUGGCGAGAGUUAGUUGGACAAUUGCACAUCAGCAAUACUGUUCUUUGCAUUCAAAAGAGAGUCAUAGAAGAGAUAUACGCUAUAGAAGCACCCAAAUUAUUAACAGAGAGAACUGUAGAAGACGAACGAUUAAUGAUAAGUAACGGCAAAUGCAGACCUACAGCUCCUAAUUGUGAUGAGUGCGAGGACAAUCCUGACGAAGAGUGUCGAGCUUGCGGCUGCAAAAUCUGUGCAGGCAAAGAAGAGGAAAACACGCUUUUGAUUUGUGAUGAGUGCGAUGAUAUGUUUCAUAUGAAAUGCUUGAACCCACCACUCCUAGAACUGCCAGAGGAAGCUUAUUGGUAUUGCCCUGAAUGCAAAAAUGAUGAAAACGAAAUUGUGAAGGCAGGAGACACAUUGAAAAAGACAAAAAAGCAACUCGUCCGCCCCGAAAACGAGCGAAAUUGGGGUGGUGGAAUGGCUUGUGUUCGGAGACAAAAAGUCUGUUACAUGGUUCCUUCUAAUCAUAGUGGACCAAUUCCGGGUGUGGAUGUUGGUACUACUUGGAAGUUUAGAAUACAGGUUUCGGAAGCGGGAGUGCAUAGACCACCUGUAGCUGGCAUCCAUGGACGACCAAGUGACUGUGCAUAUUCUAUUGUUUUGUCGGGUGGAUAUGAGGAGGACUACGACAAUGGUGAUGAGUUUUUAUACAGCGGCUCGGGUGGUAGAGAUUUGUCAGGUAACAAAAGAACCAACUCACAAAGCAAAGACCAGGAACUAAGUAGAAUGAAUCUGGCAUUAGCUAAGAAUUGUAAUGCUUCCGUAAAUACUGUAAUUGGUGCGUCGGCUAAUGAGAACAAUUGGGAAAAAGGGAAACCGGUUCGAGUUGUGCGCAAUUAUAAAUUAGGGAAAUUUAGUAAAUAUGCACCGAAGGAAGGUAACAGAUACGAUGGUAUAUAUAAAGUAGUAAAAUAUUAUCCUAACACAAGUAACGGUUUUCGUAUGUGGAAGUAUGUAUUAAGAAGAGAUGAUCCCACUCCUGCACCGUGGACUAAGAAGGGAAAAGAGAGAAUAGAAUUUCUUGGUCUAAAGAUGUUGUAUCCUGAUGGGUAUCUCGAUCAAGAGAAUAACAUGAAGAAUGAGAUCUCAGCUAAGAAACGAUCCAUCAGUGACAAUGACGAAGAAGGUAGUGUGCCCAUUAAGAAAUUUAAAAAGUCUAAGUCAGUUUUUUAUUUGGAGGAUGAAUUGAAGGAUUUAAUAGAAAAUGAUAAAGUAAAUGCUAAAUUAUGGGAUGAAUGUAAAGCAACGUUGAUCAAUGGGAAACCUGCCUUCUUGGAUUGUGUCUCAGAGAGAUUUAAGUGCGUUUGCUGUCUUGGGAUACUUUACGAUCCUGUAACAACACCUUGCGAACAUAACAUUUGCUUAAAAUGCUUAAAACAGACUUUUGAUUCCAAGAUUUAUUUCUGUCCUACAUGUCGAUACUCUCUAGGUAAUAUUUAUGAUAUGGAGGUCAAUAAGACAUUAUCAUCUGCAUUAUUAUUAAUUUAUCCUGGUUACAAAGGUGAACGAUAAUAUCUUCAUUAAGUUAUUGAUGUGACUUGCUCAUUUUGUAUUAUCGAA